UCAUUUGAGUGAUUUAAAUUGAAAGCAAAAGUUUGAUCUGUUUUGUCAUUCUACGCUAUUUGCUGUUCAAACUAGUUAAAUGGAUAAGUGCUGUAAAACGCUAAACAAAUACAAAUACAAAUAGAUACGUACGUGAGCGUGUUUGUGUGUGUGUUUGUGAAUAUGUCUGUGUCCGUGUGUGUUAGCCUAGUGCCAACAAACCCUAAUGCCCAAAUGCUUUGCUAACUCCAAAGAGAGUUAAGCCCAAAUCACAAAUACCAAAAAUAAAAAAAAACUAAUUUAAAGGCAAAUUUACACAGCUCUAGAGUGGACACCAGCUGGCAGCACUAGAGUGGACCAAAACUGGCAGCAUCAAAUGUGAACUCGGAGCCAUAUACCCUAUACCAAUUAUGAGCAGUGGAAAUUCGAAGAAUGCUGCGGUUAAUAUUCUAUAAUGUGCUCAUAACGCAUAUUGCGCUGCUGUUGCUACCCAGCAAUGUGGCUGAACUGCUGUCUCCGCGCAACGGGAGCGAGAGCUUGCCAACGCCUUCGAUUCAAAUUCUGUUCACAGCCAAACCAAGUCGGGCAAUGUUCGACAUUCGGCCGGAGGAGCCAACUAUGCAAACAAUGUUCCUCAAUACAACAGUCAGCAACAACAACAACAACAACGACGACAACAACAACAUCAACAUCAAUGGCAACAAAAUAUUCUACAAUAGAACAGAGCUUGAAUCGGGCCCACACAAAAGCAGAAACAAACUAAUCCUAAAUUUGGGCAAAGGCGAAAUCACUGAGCUGUCCGUGAAUGUGACGCUGUUCAAGCAGAAAAUCCCACGGCUGCAAGUGCGCUGGCAGGACAACCUGCCCAAUGGCACCAUAUACAAUGUGCUGGUCAGUGCCGUGAACAGCACUCGCUGCCCGGACGCGCCCUGCAGCGAGUACUCCAUUAAGAAGAAGCCCAGCAACUACAUCUAUCUGCCCCAGAGUCCCAAUCCGAAUGUCGAGUCCCUCGACUGCAACUACAUGUUUGGCUGCCUGUACAAUGUGACUGUGGAGACAUCAAAUCUAUUCGUGCGCCGCUCCACGCGCGUUUUCAUACCACGCUGUGUAGCCGGUGAAUGCUCCUGCCAGGAUCCUUCCUUGCUACCAAAAGUGCUAGCCACGGCCAACAUGCAGGCCAACGAUACCAUCAACAUCGCUUUCACCAUACCUGCCACCGAGCAGAUCCGCAAGGAGCAGGAGAAUCGUCUGCACGAGACGCUGCAGCUCUAUAAACUGCAGCUCAAAAUCAACGAGGAGACCAAUCCAUUGCUGUUGUGGGGUGGUGUUCUGAAGAAUCUGUUCAAUCGGACUUACAACCUGAGUGAAUCGCACUUCCGUCCCACUGCGCAGGGCUUCGAUGGCAACAUGAUGCUCAACCUGGGCACGCAGCUGAAGGAGAAGACUUCCCUCAAUCUGCAGGCCAUGAUAAUAGAUCCCACUGGCUGUGAGGGUCAGCGCACCGUAUACAGAUUUCCGGUGCCCGCCAAUCCACUCAUGCUGAACAGGGAUGCCCAUCUGAGUAACUCGCUCAUUGUAAUGACCACCUUGGUCUUUGUCGUCUUUUGCGUGGGCCUGUUGACACUUCUCCUUCGUCGUCGCCGAGCUCGGGCCAAGGAUAAGCUGCACAAGAAUCAGAUAUAUAUGCAAUCGCUCGCAGUGUCUCCCGUCGAAAUGGAGGACAACAUCAACUACGUGGACAAAUACAUUGAGCAAUCGCAGGCUUUGGGCCUCGCCGACAUAUUCGAGGUGCCGCACUCAGCCAUUCACAUUGGCCGAGUCCUGGGCGAAGGCGCCUUUGGGCGCGUGCACAUGGCGAAAGCCAGCAAUUUGCGACGCAUGCGGGGCACGACGGUAGUUGCUGUCAAGCAGCUGAAGGCCAAUCCCUCGGCAGAUGAGGAAGCCGAAUUCCUCUCCGAAAUUAAUAUGCUUAAGGGCGUCGGCACACACAACAACGUGGUUAGCUUCCUGGGCUGCUGCACCAUACGGGCGCCCUUACUGAUGAUCAUGGAGUUUGUGGGACGCGGCAACCUGCUGAACUACUUGCGUAUGGCCCGCCAGGAGCUGGGCCAGCCAAGGGUGCGCAAUGCGAACCACUCGAGUGGCAGACAGGCCAAAGGCAACUCGGCAGGCGCCUCGGUGGCGCAGCUGCCGAGCGUUAAUUACAUUGAACUCAAGGCCAGCAAUCAGUGCACCGCAUUGGAAUCCUCCUCCAGCUCCGCCUGCUCGCCCUACUCCAAUUCAAACGGAGUGGGACACAGACAGCCAAAACCCUCAUUUGCGGAAACUACGUAUACCAUCGUGGAGGAGGAGGACUCUUUCGAGUACAUACUCGACAACAGGGAGUUGCACAAUUUCGCACUGCAAAUUGCAAAUGGCAUGCGAUUCCUGGAACAGCAAGAGAUAACACAUCGCGACCUGGCAGCUCGCAACGUGCUUAUCGACGACAACAAGACGCUGAAAAUUUCAGAUUUUGGCCUCUCCAGGCAUGGCAUCUACACCAAUACCAAAACACGAAAGUUGCCUUUGCGCUGGCUCUCGAUUGAGGCCAUCAGAGACAACGUGUACUCCAGCAAGAGCGACAUUUGGGCGUACGGCGUGGUCCUCUGGGAGAUCGGCACCUUGGGCGCCUCGCCUUAUCCCACGAUCAGUAACAGCGAGCUGAUACCCUUUCUCUUGGCGGGCAAUCGGCUGGAGCGCCCCGAGAUAUGUACGCCGCAGGUGUACACGAUAAUGCUGCAGUGCUGGCUGGAAGACCCAGAGGAACGACCCACCUUCGACGCCCUGUACAAGGUAUUAAGCCCGAAGACCACCUACAAGGACAUAAACAGUCUGAGCGACGAUUACGUCUUUCCACCAAUUAGGGAGUAAAUUAAUAGAAAUGCAAUUCUUUUUAGUAUAAUUAUUGUUUAAGCUACAUCUAAAUAUUAUUUAACUUUCCCAUUGCCCAUGAUGUUCAAAGCAUUAUUUUGGGGCAAC